GUCCUUCCCUGACACACAAACCCCCUUCGAACUCUUUUUCUUCUCCAAUAUGCAUAAAAAGGCGGGAAAAAGUUCCGGCUUCGACUUCGAUUCGCUGAUCGAAACCUAGGGUUUCAUCACUCGUUGCAUUCUUCACCAUGAAUUUGGAUCCUCAGGGUCUCUUCCGCGAUGAUUCUGACUCCGAUGAUGAGUUUGUACAGGAGAAGGAGAAGGAUACCAGCAAGGAGAUGGUGGUUUAUCUCAUAGACGCUUCUCCGAAGAUGUUUGACCUUGUGGGAAAUGAUGAAGAUAAGAGUCAAACUUAUUUUCAUGCUGCUAUUAGCUCUAUUUCUCAGUCGUUAAAGACGCAAAUAAUUGGAAAAUCUUAUGAUGAGGUUGCCAUUUGUUUCUUUAACACGAAGGAAAAGAAAAAUUUACAGGACUUAAAUGGUGUCUUUGUCUUCAACGUUAAUGAUAGAGAGUAUCUUGAUCAGCCCACUGCAAAACUAAUUAAAGAGUUCUCCUGUAUUGAGGGCACAUUUAUGAGCAACAUUGGAAGUCAGUAUGGAAUCAUUCCUGGAUCUCGAGAGAAUUCCUUGUAUAGUGCUCUCUGGGUUGCGCAAGCAUUAUUGCGCAAAGGAUCUCCAAAAUAUGUGAGCAAGAGGAUACUCAUAUUCACAAAUGAAGACAAUCCUUUUGGGAAUAUCACAGGAGCAGCUAAAACAGACAUGAUUAGAACAACUGUUCAACGCGCAUACGAUGCACAAGAAAUGGGCAUCUUAAUUGAGAUUCUUCCUUUGAGUAUACCUGAUGAGCCAUUCAACGUUUCCCAUUUCUAUGCAGAUUUGAUUGGGUUGGAAGGUGAUGAGGUGGCACAGUUCUUGCCAUCUGCAGUUGAAAGAUUGGAGGAUAUGACAGAUCAACUUACAAAAAGAAUAUUUAAGAAGCGAAUAGUGAGGACCAUCUCAUUCUCAAUUGCAAAAAGCAUCAAUAUUGAAGUGAAUACAUAUGCGCUGAUUCGUCCCGCCUUACCAGGGUCAGUUACAUGGCUUGAUUCUGUAACCAAUCAUUCUCUAAAGGCAGAAAGGUCUUUCAUUUGUGCUGACACUGGGGCUCUAGUUCAUGAGCCACCAAAACGCUUUCAUCCAUACAAAAAUGAGAAUGUUAAAUUUUCUCUGGAUGAGUUGUCUGAAAUAAAGAGGAUUUCAAAUGGCCAUCUAUGUCUUUUAGGAUUCAAGCCCCUGGAUUUGUUAAAAGAUUAUCACAAUUUGAAGCCUUCAACAUUUGUCUUCCCCACUGAUGAAACAAUAAUUGGAAGCACUCAGAUUUUUAUUGCAUUGCAUAGAUCAAUGCUACAGCUUAAGCGGUUUGCACUUGCUUUUUAUGGUGGCUCUGCAAAUCCUCGUUUGGUCGCUCUUGUGGCACAAGAUGAAGUUAUCAGUUCCAGUGGUCAAGUUGAGCCCCCAGGGAUGCACAUGAUAUAUCUCCCAUUUUCUGAUGAUAUCAGGCAUGUUGAAGAGGCUGUGCAGCUCCAAACAACUGCUGAUGCUGAUGUACCUCAUGCCACAGAUGAUCAAAUUAAGAAAGCCUCUGUUUUAAUGAAGCGCAUGGAGUUAAAAGACUUCUCUGUGUGCCAAUUUGCAAAUCCAGCUUUGCAGAGACACUACGGAAUAUUGCAAGCUUUAGCCUUGGGUGAAGAUGAGAUGCCAGAUAUCAAAGAUGAAACCUUGCCUGAUGAAGAUGGCAUGGCUAGGCCAACCAUCGUGAAUGCACUUGAAGACUUCAAAAUUGCUGUCUAUGGUGAAAACCAUGACUUAGAGGAAGUUAGUUCUAAGAAAAGUUCUAAUACUGAUGCUUCCAGAAAGCGUAAAGCUGUGGUUGAAGCAGCUGUGGAGAGUGCUGCUAAUCAUGAUUGGGCUGAUCUUGCAGACAAUGGAAAGCUGAAGGAUCUCACCGUGCCAGAGUUGAAGAACUAUCUUACAGCUCACAAUAUCCCGGUAACAGGAAAGAAGGAAGCAUUGAUCAGCAGGAUAUUAACUCACCUAGGGAGGUAAAUUGUCUAUACCUCUUUCACUUGUUUCUGAUGAACAAUCUUGUUGAAGACAGUUCAGUAAACGGUAUUGUGUUGCACCAGUUUUGAUGUGCUGUGCUGUUGUAUAAUCUGUCUGACUAAUGCUAAGUUGUAAAUUUAACUUAGCUGGGUAUGUUGCCAAUUUGUCAAACUUCAUGAUAUAUCUAACCCUUUUUCUUAAAAUUGUUAUAAAAUAUCAAGGAUAUUAUUGGUGCA